UUCACAAAACGGAAGCAGUUUACGCGUCUCAAGCCGAAACCAUGCAGCUUUUAAAUACGUUGCUCAGCCUAUUAAUUACGCUGGCUGUAGCCAAUGGACUUAGCUUCAAAGUGACCGCUCGCAUUUAUAUGGAUGUUAAGCAAAAUAAGCAAUCAUUGGGACGUAUAACAUUUGGACUGUUCGGCGAGAUUGCCCCCAAGGCUGUGGCCAAUUUUCGGCAUAUUUGCUUGCGUGGCAUCAAUGGCAGCAGCUAUGUUGGUGCAAGAUUUCAUCGCGUAGUGAGUCGUUUUCUGGUGCAAGGCGGCGAUAUAGUCACUGGCGAUGGAGCUGGCUCAAUAAGCAUUUAUGGUGAUUUCUUUGAGGAUGAACCACAGGCUCUAAACGUCGAACAUAAUCGUCCUGGUUAUGUGGGCUUGGCCAAUCGUGGCCCACAUACCAAUGGCUGUCAGUUCUAUAUAACAACAGUGGGUGCCAAGUGGUUGGAUGGCAAACACGUCGUCUUUGGCAAAGUGCUAGAGGGCAUGGAUACUUUAUAUGCUAUCGAAGAUGUAAAAACAGACACGGAUGACUUUCCCAUAGAGCCGGUGGUUAUAACAAAUUGCGGUGAAAUUCCUACUAAGAAAUUUGACUACUAUCCGGAUGAUUAUAAUAUUAUAGGUUGGAUUAAAGCAGCAGGUUUUCCUGUUAUAAGCUCUUUUGUCCUUUUAUUAAUAUUCCAUUAUUUUUUCCGUCAAUUAAAUAUGUACUGCUAAUGAUUUAUUCAUUUAUAUGCACAUAUAUCAUAUACUUAACAGCACAUGCAACUU